AUGGGACAUUCUUCACUUCUGCCUCCUUUUCUUCUGUCUCUUCUUCUCUACUCUCUGUUUCAGACGCCGGCAGAUGCAGCCAAACAGUCUUACAUUGUGUACUUGGGAGCACAAAGCCAUGGCCUGAACCCUACAGACGCUGAACUCGAAGCCACAACGGAUUCCCACUAUGAUUUGCUUGGAACUGUUUUGGGAAGCAAUGAGAGGGCCCAAGAAGCAAUGUUUUACUCCUAUACUAGUAACAUCAAUGGCUUUGCUGCAAUUUUAGAUGAACAAGAGGCUUCACAGAUUGCAAAGGAUCCAAAUGUUGUGUCUAUUUUUCCAAACAGAAGACUAAAAUUGCAUACAACUCAUUCAUGGGAGUUUUUGGGACUAGAAGAUAAACUCGGAGUACCUCGUCACGGUUCGCUUUGGAAGAAAGCCAAGUUUGGUGAAGAUACAAUCAUUGGAAACCUUGACACUGGUGUCUGGCCGGAAUCAGAGAGCUUUAACGAUAUUGGAUUUGGACCAGUCCCAUCCAAGUGGCGUGGAGCUUGUCGGUUUGACACCGAAGACAAAGUUCGUUGCAAUAGGAAGCUGAUCGGAGCAAGGUACUUCAACAAAGGCUACUUCGCGUAUGCCAAAGCCAAUAAUGACACCAUUCCAUCUAAUGUCAUGGUCUCGCCACGCGACCAGGAAGGCCAUGGCUCACAUACCCUUUCAACAGCUGGUGGUAGCUUUGUGCCAGGGGCCAAUGUUUUUGGUCAUGGCAAUGGCACUGCUAAAGGUGGAUCCCCGAAAGGUCGUGUUGCUGCUUACAAAGUUUGCUGGCCAAGUAUUGGUGAAACAGAAGGAGGGUGUUUCACUGCAGACAUCAUGGCAGCCUUUGAUGCCGCAAUCAGUGACGGUGUUGAUGUUCUUUCCUUGUCUCUCGGUGGUGAUCCUGUAGAGUUUUUCGAGGAUGGGAUCGCAAUAGGGUCAUUCCAUGCGGAUAAGCAUGGAAUCGUUGUGGUGUGCUCAGCCGGCAAUUCAGGACCUUCCCCGAGUACAGUAUCUAAUGUGGCACCUUGGAUGUUAACAGUUGGAGCUAGCACCCUUGAUCGCGAGUUCACUAGUUAUCUAUCCUUUGGAAAGGGAAAGCAUCUGAAGGGAACAAGUCUUUCCUCUAAAAGUUUGCCGUCUAACAAGUUUUAUCAUGUUAUAAGUGGUGCCGUUGCUAAAGCAGCUACUGCGCUUCCUGAAAAUUCCUUGCUGUGUUUGAAUGGAACCCUCGACCCAAAGAAGGUGAAGGGAAAAAUCGUGGUCUGCGUACGUGGGACGAAUGGGAGAACAGAAAAGGGAGAGGUAGCUGCUCUUGCUGGGGCUGUUGGAAUGGUUUUGAUUAAUGAUGAGGAAAGUGGAAAUGAACUUAUAGCUGAUCCUCAUGUGCUCCCGGCUACACAUCUCACUUAUGCUGAUGGAAAAGUUGUCUUUAAGUACCUCAAUUCUACCAAAACCCCAUUUGCUCUCAUUACUCCUGUCAAGACGGUAGAAGGAACAAAGCCAGCUCCAUUUAUGGCUGCAUUCUCAUCUCGGGGACCAAGUGCCAUUGAGCCAUCAAUCCUUAAGCCUGACAUCAUAGCACCAGGAGUGGAUAUAAUUGCUGCUUAUACUGGAGCAGUUAGUCCAACUGGUUCAAAGAAUGACAAGCGUCGCCCACUUUACAUUACAGAAUCUGGAACUUCUAUGUCAUGCCCUCAUAUAUCUGGAAUUGUUGGUCUUCUGAAAACAAUCCCGUCAUGGAGCCCCGCUGCCAUUAGAUCUGCAAUCAUAACCACAGCAAGAAGACGCGACAACAAUCAGGAAUCAAUUCUCGAUUCAACUAAGGUGCCGGCUACACCACUUGCUUAUGGUGCAGGCCAUGUCAAUCCAAAUCGUGCAGCAAACCCAGGACUUGUCUAUGAUUUAACUACUGAUGACCACUUGAAUUUCUUAUGUGCUCACGGAUACAAUGCAUCAGUCAAAGUGUUUUCCAACAAACCAGUCAAAUGUUCCAACACUUCUAGCCCUCCUGAUAUAAACUAUCCUACAAUUGCAGUUCCUAAUCUCCAAGACAAACCGAUUACCAUUUCUAGAAGAGUGAAGAAUGUUGGUACUCCAGGCACAUAUGCAGCACAUGUUAAUGCACCAGCAGGAGUUUCUGUUUUGGUUCACCCUAGCAAAUUGACAUUCAAGUCCAUUGGUGAAGAGCUUGAAUUCAAGCUCACGCUGAAGGCGAAUAGCAAGGUUCGAAAUCCAAACUAUGUGUUUGGAGAAUUGAAAUGGUCCGAUGGCAAACACAUUGUGAGGAGUCCUAUUGCUGUGAUGCAAUACUAG